ACUUCCAUGCUUUCUGUACGAGCGCUGAGCAUCCUCCAGGUCGUGGUCCACUCCCUCCUCAGUGGUGUGAAACCCUUAAUCUCCAGCUAAACAAUGGCACCAAAGAAGGACGUUAAGAAGCCCGAGCCUGCAAAGAAGGCCGAGCCCGCACCUGCCCCUGCUGCAGAACCCGAGGCUAAACCCAAAGCAGCAGCAGUUGAUCUGUCUUCAGUCAAGGUUGAGUUUUCCCCAGAGCAGCUGGAGGACUACAGGGAAGCCUUUGGCCUUUUUGACAGAGUUGGCGACAGCAAGAUCGCCUACAACCAGAUCGCUGACAUCAUGCGUGCUCUGGGCCAAAACCCCACCAACAAGGAGGUGAACAAGCUACUGGGCAACCCUAGUGCUGAGGAGAUGGCCAAUAAGAGAGUGGAGUUCGAGGCUUUUCUGCCCAUGCUUCAGUUUAUUGUGAACAGCCCCAACAAGGGUACCUUUGAAGACUACGUUGAAGGUCUGCGUGUCUUUGAUAAGGAGGGUAACGGCACAGUGAUGGGCGCUGAGCUUCGCAUUGUCCUCUCAACACUGGGUGAGAAAAUGUCAGAAGCUGAGGUCGACGCUCUAAUGGCCGGACAGGAAGAUGAGAACGGCUGCGUCAACUACGAGGCUUUCGUGAAACACAUCUUGUCCGUGUAAGAGGUACCGGGUGUGAGGAAACUCGUCUAUUUCUCCCGACCCCAUGGUGUCAGGACGUCCGUUCACCGUGUCCACAACCAACGGGGAAACGAAUUUAGAUGAAAGGACUAUGGGAUGUCAUUUUUAACGCCAUUCUUUUUGUCUAUGUUUUUUCCCUAAUUUUUUGUGUCCACAUUUGGAAGCCUUUCUCUCUUUCUCCAUCUCUUUUUUUUGAUGCUCGUGCCAGGCGAGUCUUUCCACAGUGGGGCAGUAGCAAGGCAUAAAAUGGGGUGUUCUUUUAGACUACCCCAGACACAUAUAUUCACACACACAAAUGCUCCUUGUUUUUGGUGCUAACAUACAUCGCUGCCACUGUGGACUGGUCGCUGUACCACCUCCUCAUCCCUUUGCCCUAGAGUCUUAAUUUAUUUUUCGCCUCUGUCAUUUCUCAUAAUAAACUUUUCACUAAUUCCAUCAUCA